AUGGCCGAAUAUAGACAUUAUGCAACACCCCAUCCCGAAUGGGUCGAUUUCCCAAACAAUCUUCCCCCAGGCACAAAACCAAGCUUGGGUAUGACCAGAGACCAUGAUCCAAUUAUUCCACAGGAAGGCCUCGAUGUUUACGAAAUAAAUGUCCCUGUGCGUGAUAACAAGUCUAUCACACUGCGCAUCUACCGUCAAACUGCUCACAACGAUGCCCUCCCUCUGUUUCUCUACAUGCACGGCGGUGGGUAUGUCACGGGUGGCCUUGAAACAGACGACAUAACAUGCAGAGCAAUUGCGUUGGAAGUUCCUGUUCUUGUUGCAAGUGUCGAGUAUCGACUUGCUCCUGAGCACAAGUUCCCCGUUGGCUUUGAAGAUAGCUUCGAUGUCGUCCGAUGGGCUGCAUCGUCAGAGGGCCAGAGGAAACUCAACACAGACUUAUCCAAGGGCUUUAUCCUUGGUGGCACAUCUGCUGGUGCCAACUUCACUGCCGGAAUCUCGCACUUGGCUCGUGAUGAGGGCCUCGCUCCCAGAAUCACAGGCGUCGUGUUCCUCGCUGGGAGCUUCUGUCAUCCAGAUAUGAGACCAAAGAAAUAUCUGGAUCGACUAUAUGGCGCUCCCCCAACAGACAAGCGACUGUCCCCUCUUCUCUUCGAUUCUCAUGCCGGUAUAGCAAAGAAAGCAUACUUUGCAAUUUGCGGUUGGGAUCCACGUCGUGAUGAAGCUAUUCUUCUCGAUCAAUUGCUACAAGAAGUCGGGCUGUCAACCAAGUCACACAUCUACUCAGGGCUGCCUCACGGCUUCUGGACGACUUGCCCUGACUUGCCUGUUUCCAAGAAGUGGCUGCAGGAUCUUCUUCAGGGUGUGCGCUGGUUAUUAGAGUAG